GUUUUAAGAAAGUAUAGCAAAGUUAAUAAGAAAAAAGGAAAAGCAUGGCAGCCUCUUCUUCCCUAGCCAAUUUUGCCAAGAGGUUACAAGGCAAGGUAGCCUUAAUAACAGGCGGAGCAAGCGGAAUUGGUGAGACUACUGCACGAUUAUUUUCAAGAAACGGAGCCAAAGUUGUCAUCGCCGAUAUCCAAACCGACUUAGGUCACUCUGUAGCAAAAGAAAUCAGUUCAGAAUCCGGCGAAAAAGUUUCCUUUAUCAAUUGCAAUGUCACAAAUGAAUCCGACGUCGAAAACGCGGUCAACAAGGCCGUUUCGUUGUACGGAAAGCUUGACAUAGUUUACAACAAUGCCGGAAUUACAGGUAAUUAUGAUACCAACAUUUUAGCUAUAGAUAGUGAAGAUGUCAAAAAAGUUUUGGAUGUGAAUGUUUACGGCGCUUUCUUGGGAGCCAAACACGCCGCGAGAGUAAUGAUUCCGAGAAAAAAAGGUUGUAUUCUUUUUACAUCAAGUAUUGCUUCGGUUACUAAUGGCGGAAUGCCACAAGCUUAUACAGCCUCAAAACAUGCUGUUGUUGGUUUAACCAAGAACUUGGCAGUUGAAUUAGGUAAAUACGGAAUUAGGGUUAAUUCCAUUUCGCCGGCCGGAGUUCCGACGCCGAUGGGUGCCAGCGUUCUGGGUAUUGGAGUAAAAGAUCUUCAAGAAAGGUGGUAUUCAAUUGCAAAUCUGAAAGAAACUAUGUUGGAAGGAAAUGAUAUUGCUCAGGCAGCUAUGUAUCUUGCUAGUGAUGAUGCUCAAUAUGUUAGUGGCACUAAUCUUGUUGUUGAUGGAGGUUUUUGCUUGACAAGUAAUUUAGUUUCCGUUGCGCGAAAGUGAUUAAUCGAUACUUAUGAUUAUUCAACUCGACUCUUGAUCCGUCCGAAUAAAAAAUAAUUUUUAUUAUUAGAAUUUUUAAAUUGAUUGUUGAGUCGGAUGAAUUUAUAUAAAAAAAAUCUCGAUAUAAUAUAUAUCAAACUUAAUAUUGUACUUACAAAUAAACCAAUAUGUAUUAUUGGUACGAGAGUGAUAUAGUAUGUAAUAAGGCAUUGGUUGUAUUAUGAGAAAAUUCAUCAAUGUUAUAGCAAAUUUGAGAAA